AUGGCCUAUAACUUAUAGCAUACUUCAGAUGAAGGAUUUGAUAUACAUUCUUCAUGUAACGACCAAAAAGAAUACAUUUCAGAAUUAUACUCCAAUUCAGAUUUGUAUUCAGAAUCACAACAUUCAUCUGACUAAUCAAAGGUAAAGCUGAUAAAUCAUAUGGACAGAUAAGAAAAAUAAUUGACAAAUAUGAACGAUAAUUUGUUUUAGAUUGAAUCUCCCUAAACCGAUAAUUUAUACUAUUUAAAUCAAUUUCUUAAGAAAAAAAGAUAUUGGGUUAUUCAAAAUUUUUUCUAGAUAAAACAAUAAAAAUACAUUAAAAAAAAUUAUCCGAGCUUGAUUUUUUCUUUGUUUUUAAAUUCAGAUUAAGAAUAAAUAUAGCAUGUAUUGAACUUGUUCUUAGAGAAGAAGUAUUAUUAUUGGAAAAAAUUUUGUGAUUUUAAUCAAUUCAUUAUUGAGAAAGUUUGCAAAGAUUUAAAAUUAUAAUAUGAAAACUUAAAGAAAUGCAAUUAGGACUUUAAAGAACAACAGGUAACAAAUGAACCAAACAAUCAAAAUGAUUCAAUGAAACAAAAUGAUUCAAUGAGAUUUUAAGCUUUAUUAGAAUAAUUUCAAAAACUUUGUAAUAAAAAUCAUUUAAUUAUUACAAUAACUAGAUUUGAGUAUUUUGAAGAAGGUCUAAAAAAAAUUGAGGAUAUUGAAAAUCAAUGCAAGGAAAAGAACUUAUAAGAUAAUCAACUUUUAUAACAUCUUAAUGCUUUGAAAGAAUUCAUUACAAUAACAUAAACAUUAAAAAAUAACUAUGAUAAAUAUGAUAAAAGUUAGAGAAAAUAUAUAAAGAAAUAAAUUGAUAUAACUAAAGAAGAUAUACUAAAGCUAAUGGAAGAUCCUCUAAUCAAAGAAAAAUCAUAAGAUGUAUUAAAUAUUAUAAGCAAUGUAUUAAAUAUAUUAAAUAUUGAUAACAAAAAAAUUGAUUAAAAUUAGAAUAGCAAAUAUUAUUUUGAUUUAGAUGAGAUAAAAAAAUUGGAUAAAAUAUAAUGGCGAAUAUUCUAUGAAAAAGCCAAUGCAUUAUUGAAUUCAGAAAAUUCACCAAAUUUGUAAAGUAAAAAGAGUAAAGAAGCAAUGAAUGUAGAGUAGGAAAGGAUGGAUUAAAAUACUUAUUUUUGGUAGCCGAUCAAAAAAGUUAAAUUAUGA